CGCUGAGUUUCCUUCAGGUGCAUACUCAGCAUCACCCAGCCUCACCCAUUCCGGAGCCAGAGGUGUAUGCGCAGCACCCGAAGAUCCACACUCACGCACACACAUACCAAGCUCUGCGCCGCUUUUCUGAGUGUUACGGCGCCCUCCUCCCUCCACGACAGAGUGCGGGCGGGGACCCACCGGUUCCGCCCGGCACUAGCAGCCGAAAAAGGAGGACCCCCCCCCACCCGGGAGCGGGAUCCCGGCGUCCGGUUGCCCAACCCCGUUCAGGCUUAGGCCCGCAUGGAGGGGACUGCGGAGUCCCAGACGCCUGACCUGCGAGACUUGGAGGGCAAGGUGGGCAGGAAGACCCCUGAAGGGCUGCUCCGCGGGCUGCGAGGCGAGUGGGAGCCGGGAACCUCUGGCGCUGUGCUGCUCUCGGGGGCGCCUAGCACGGGCCACAGCCUGGGGGACAAGAUCAUGGCGCUGAGGAUGGAGCUGGCUUACCUGAGAGCCAUCGACGUGAAGAUCCUGCAGCAACUGGUGACCUUGAAUGAGGGCAUUGAGGCGGUGCGCUGGCUGUUGGAGGAGAAGGGGACAUUGACCAGCCACUGCAGCAGCCUCACCAGCAGCCAAUAUAGCCUGACAGGUGGGAGCCCAGGCCACUCAAGGCGAGGCAGCUGGGACAGCCUGCCAGACACAAGCUCCACUGACCGGCUGGACAGUGUCUCCAUCGGCAGCUUCCUGGACACAGUGGCGCCCAGCGAGCUGGAUGAACACGGCCCCCCUGGGGCUCCCCGUCCCGAGAUGGACUGGGCAAAGGUUAUACCUGGUGGGGAGAGGACCAGGACUGAGGUGGACCUGACAGCCACCAGGCUAGGGAGCUUGAGGGCCGUGUGGAAACCCCCAGGGGAGGGGCUGCAAGGUGCAUCUCCUGAGCCGCCAGAGGAUGAGAGUGCCAAGCUGGGCUUUGAGACCCACUGGUACUGGGGCCAGUGCCAGGAUGAUGUGACCUUUCUGUAACAACUCUUCCACCCUUUUGGUUCUUUAAUCACUAGGCCCUGGUCUCCCUUGAAUUUGUUCUCCCUCUGUCUGGAAUUAGGAAGAGGCUGCAUUGAAAUCAGUUACCAUGAAACCUGGCCUUACCAUCCCUCUGGUCCCUGGGGAGGCUCUGCCUUUAACCUUCAAUUAUUGGGUCCCUAGAGCUAUUUCCAUAGAUACAUGGACUCUAGAGGCUUGACCUGUGGCUCCAGGUGUGACAGUAUCUCUUCUCCUUUCCCCACAACUAGGUAAGGAUUUGAGGGUUUAGCAUCCCUAUGAAAUCACUGAAGAAGGGACUGUGAUGUGAUUACCUCACCCACUUAUAGGAGCCUUAGCCCCACUCUUGGCCAAUAUGGAGGACUAUGGAGGGACAUGGACAUUCAGGGCCAAACCUCCAUGGAUUGGCCCUCCCAGAAGCCUUUGGGGUUGGUAGGGCCACCCCUUCCUGUCUGGUGAGUGAUGUCAUUUCCUGCCAGGAUGGAUUAGCCUGUCCUUUGUACCAGUCUUUUAGUGAUGAUAGAUAUAGGGGUAUUUGAGCCCCUGCUGCCAAGUGAGACCAUGUUAUUUAUUCUUCCUACCAUUCCUUCUUGUGAAUGGGACUGUACUACCCUCCUGGCAGGAAAGUUUCUCAGUCAGAUGUUUGCACUUCUCAGAAAGGUUCUUUCUAUUUAAACAGGGAGUUCUUAUUUUAUUCCAGGGAUUCUCACUUCUUCUCUGACCACCCUGUCUGGUGCCUGCACUCCUGUUUCUCUGCUUUUAGGGAGGAAACUGGCAGGGGCCCCACCUACAGAUCUCAACAGUCUAUUUGGCCUGCCCUGCCAUAGUUCCCUGUCUUAUUCUGUCCCUGGUUUGCCCCCAUUCUUGUAUUCUGGCUCCAAAUCUGUCUGCCAGAAGGUUCAGCCUUUGUGUCUCCACACCUUCUCAGUUUCUACUCUGGACCUCAGGCCUUUAAUAUGCAGAUGAGUCCUUCAACUUCUGAUGGGAGCCAGAGGGAGAAGCUUGGGGUGUAGCAGAAUCUCCAAAAGGGGGAUAUAUCUUCUCAGAUCCUGUGAUUCCCCUUCCCGCAUCCUGCCCCAGACCUCCCAUCAUUUGGACACUAAAAUGCUGGCCUGGGGCUGGGACACAAGAAUCCCCUUGUCUGGGUUACAAUGCGGGGAGUGGUAGAGAAAGACUGAGGCUCUUUGGUCUUAGGGUCCGCAUCCUGGGAGGGGGAGAGUGAGAGGGAAAGACUGCUUUCCUUCCUCUCUUAGAACAAGCUCUAGACUCCUGGGACUGCAGAGGAAGUGGGACACUGGCUCUGGUCCUGGGUCCCAGGGCCCUAGUGAGUUACACCAAAGAAGGGACUCGGAAGCUGCCAACCUGGGGCUCAGGGAGGGGACAGGCCCAGGGAGAGGGUGGAGAUGAGGGCUAUGACUGAUGUCAGAGUAUGUUUGGCCUUGGAAAUUAACCCUUGGAACCCCAGGUUCUGCCCCUAUGUUGGUCCCUGUCUUUCCUGGGCCCUGAAACUAUUAAUAGAUUAUUGGAAGGCAAAAAGGAGAAAAAAAGGAUGUCAGGUGAUCCUUGCCUAUUUGCUGUGCCCUCCUGAGUUGAGAAGAUCCUCUGAAGAAGGAAAUGGCAACCCACUCCAGUAUUCUUGCCUGGGAAAUCCCAUGGACAGAGGAGCCAGGCAGACUGCAGUUCCUGGGGUCGCAAAGUUGGACAUGACUAAGCGACUUCACUUCCUGACUUGAGGAAUCUUUCUCAAAUCCUAGAAUAACUCCUGCAGUUUCUCUACUUUUCAUUCUAGGCUGGGGAAGGGACAGAAGCCAAGUUGUUCAUCUCUAGUUCCCAUAAACUCCUCAAGUCUUAUCCUGAAACCCCCACCCAGAUCCUUUUCGGGCAAUACAUUUGAUUUGUGGCUCUCCUCUAAAGACCAUGUUUCCUCCUCUCAAAGGGAUUGAAAUCUCUAAAGAAUAUAGGUAAGUCUCUUCUUUGCUGCCCACCAGCAAAAUAUACAAAUACACAUAAGUCUCUUCUUACAAAUGUAAGUAACUCUCACUUACAAAUAUAAGUAAGUCUCUUCUUCUCCUUACCAUCCCUCUUGGUCUCGGGGCUGCUGACUUCCUUUAGGUUGGAAAUUCAAGUACCCUUUCCCAGUACCCUGACCCUGUUGCCAUUUUGUGGUAACUUUGGGUAACUACCUUUCUGCUUGAAACCCUUGUGUUCCUUUUUUAAGCGUGCUGGUUCAUUUAAUCUACAAACUUCUGAGCUGAAGAGGUUGUCUGCCCUCUUGUGGUCAUUAUGGACCAUUGCUGGAGUAGCUGGGUGAAACCUUCAGGCUCAAAGGAGCCUUAAUGAAGACCAGCCCUCUCAUUGCACAGACAUGUUAGAGAGACAGGCCUAGAGAAGGCAGAGAGUACCCCAGAUUUGCCUGUGGUACCUCUAAGGAUCCUCAGGUUAAAGAACCCAGAUCACCUGCCUACCUGCCCGUCCACCAAAGUUCCAUCACUUGGCCAGACCAUUCCCCCACCGCACCCUGUCAACAUCAUCCAAGCCCAAAGGAUCUGAAAGCAAUUUUCUCCCUGUUUUAACACUCAGGUUCUUACCUUGUCCUAGAAAGGCAGCCUGGUGUUUGCAGAAAGAGCCACAGGCUCUGAAGAAAGAGACUCUUGGACCAGAAUUGGGUAAAGGGUGCAUUAAUCCGGACCAGUCCUGUCCUGGACCAAAUAUUUUUCUGGGAAGGCAGGGUGAGUAGGCCCAACAUCAUGGGAUCAGAACUCAACAUUACAGACCUGGACAUUAGAAGAAGGGGAUAAGGAUGGGAGAUGAGAGAUAAAUUCAAAUGGAUCCCGAGGAGUUGGAAGCUUCAAAGUCAAGGGAUUUAGCUCAGUUUGGAUAGGCAUCUGAGGGUGUUGAGAAGCUAGAGAGGUGGGUGAGUGGGGCUGCCUGGGAACUCCAGGUAACCUGGAUAUCCCGUCUCAAUACCUUAGAUUUAAUUUCACUCCCAGAGAAGCUGGUAAACACACACCCUUGGUCCCUUCUACCUGCUUCUGUACUGGCUGUUUAAGGCUUAGCUCUCCUGUUAGUUUAGACCUUUCCAGGUUAUGAAGAGGACCUGUUUAGGAGCUCAAAGAAGAAGACAUGAAAAGGGAGAGAGAUGCAGAAAGACAAAAAAGAAUGAGAUGAAAAGGGAGUCUUGAAAAUAUGAUCAGAGGGAACAUACUAUCCUCUAAGCGGGCUGCAGACUUUUGUCAGGGUUAGGGUAAAGGCAGAGGCCAGACUGCUCUUGGUAGCUGUGGAAACAGCACCUGAGAGGGUAAGAGGUGAUGCUGCUGGGAUGAGCCCAUCAGGGAGAUGUGAGACCAUGUGAAUGCUCAGGUAUGAGAGCCUGCAUUUAGGAUGGGGCAAUGAACUUGAGCACUGGACUGAGCGGGAGCUCAGCGGCAGCUUAGGUGAGAAAUGUUUGGAGCUUGCAGUGGAUUCAGGCUCACUCUGUGCAUGGUGCCAGGCACGUACUGGGUGUUCAGUAACACCCAGAGUAGAGGAAUAAAUGUGUGUAAACUCAGGAAGAGACGUGGCUUAUAAUUUUAAAAGUGGUUAAUUAGGUAGGAAUAGGAAAUUUAAAGUAUUAUUGCAUUCUCAGCAACACUACACAUAAUGCAUUAUUAACAGAUAGAUUAUAAGUGAACUAUGCUAUGAACCUAGGUCAGUCUGCUGCAGAGGCUUCCAGGAAGUCUUCCCUGAUUCCCCAUUCCCUUCUCACAGACCUUACUCUCCUAGGAGAACAGGUUAUGCUGCCCAGCAGCAGGGCCAGUGUACACGUUUUCUAUUGCUGCUACGACAAACUGUCACAAACUUAAUGGCUUAAAACAACACAAAUGUGUUAUCUUACAGUUCUGGAGGUCACAGGUCUGAAAUCAAUUUCAUUGGGUUAAGUUAAAAAGUGUUGGUAACCUCUUCUGGAGACUCUAGGGGGCAGUCCAUUUGCCUUUUCUAGCUUCUAGAGGCUGCUUGUGUUCUUGACUCAUGGCCCCUUCCUCCAUCAUCAAAGCCAGCAACAUAGUAUUCCGCCUUUCUGACCUCUACUUCCAUUCUUACAUCUUUCUCUGAUUCUCCUGUCUCCUACUAAGAGGAUUACAUUGUGAUUAUAUAUCCUUGUGCUUACAUUGGGCCCACUGUGAUGACAGAAUCAUCUCCCCAUCUCAAGAUUCCGACUUUAACCAUAUCUUCCAAGUCAUUUUCGCCAUAGAAGGUAAACUACUCCCAGAUUAUGGAGAUUAGGACUUGAUCAUCUUUGGAGGAAGGACCGUUAUUCAGCCCUUCUCAAGCAGAGAUGGAGGGUGGGCAGGAAGAUGUACCCAGGCCCAGGACAAGCCUCUCAGCUGUGGCGAGCCUCCUUCAGCCUGGAGUGAGAGGUGGUGCCAAGGGGAGAUAGCCAGCCCAGGCCCCAUGUCUAGAGAAUGGCAAAUGCCUCCUGCAUCACUACCAAAGAGAGCUGAGAGUGAAGGUCAUACUUGGGAGAAAGUCUCAGUUUAGGGAACCUUUCAGACCUGAGACUUCCCUGGUGAAUGUCAUGGAGGGUUCCAACAGGCUGUCUUCAACAUUGCCUCCUCUCCAGAAUCAUACCUUGUUCCUCCUCAAGGUAGAAGAUAAUUACUGGCUAACACUAGCCUGAGCUCUCUCUACAAAGAGUAGAUUAGUUGUCUCUCUUUUAAAUUAUUAUUUUUUUAUUCCUUGUUAAACCAUACUUGGCAGAGCAUGGUGACCUCUUGUCAUCAGUUGAUACCAGGCCCCUUUUUGUUUGAUUUUAUUCUUUUAAUCCCUGAUCCCUAUUCUCAUUCCUCUCCCUGACCCAGACACACACUUCAAUGUGUUCAGUAUGUGUUUGGAUAUGUAUGUAUCUUUGAAAUAUAAUUAUGUGCUUAUGUGUUUUAAUAUAUAUAAAUGAUAUACUUCUAAAGUAAGCCAACCUUUAUAAUGAAUUAACCCAUAUCACAGUGAUUUAACACAAUAAAGAUUUAUUUUUCACUUAAA